AUGGCGGUGGCGGCGAUGACUUCGGAGGAUACGGAGGAGGCCCAUACGGAGGUGGUUAUGGCGGCUAUGGAGGUGGCCCCGAUUAUGGCGGCUAUGGUGGAUACGGCGGUGGCGGUUACGGAAUGGGAGGCGGAGCAGGAGGAUACGGAGGAAACAUGGGCGGCUAUGGUGGCGGUUAUGGAGGCUAUGGUGGAGGCAUGGGCGGCGGAAUGGGAGGAGACUUUGGCGGCUAUGGUGGCAACCCUUAUGGCGGUGGCGGCUACGGAGGCGACAUGGGUGGAGGUGGAGGAUGCCCCGGAGGCGGAUGUCGAGGAUAACCUUAAUGUCACGCUCUCGGAACUCACAGCUGGAAGAACUGGAAAUUCACCAAUUGCUUUUCAUGAUUCUGUCUUUCUAUUUGCCAAACCAAUCCCUUCUAGGUUAAUUAGAUUAAUAUAUAUGUAUCCCAGAGAGACACUCAACUAUUUAUUUCCUUGCAUAUUACUCACACAAAAGCACCUGUUUCCGUACGGUAUCGUGCCGGAUGCCAAGUUAUAG